UUUUAAGUUAGUGGUGUUUUUGAAAUGCUUGUAUAUUGAUAAUAUCUUUACUUACUAACACUUUAUAAUUUAUAAAAUGUUUAAAACAGCUUAUUGCUUUUUAUUUUUACUAGUUUCGUGUUUAAUAUAUGAAGCAUAUGGAAAUCAUCAUAGAGUUAAAAGUAUAAGAACGCCUUCGCGUGUUAUUUCUAACAAUAUUGGUCCAUAUGAUUCAUCAUCGUCAUUAACAGCAGCAGAAGCAGAUGGAGCAGCAGAAGAUACAACAACAUCAGAAUCAGCAGCAGCAUUACCGUCACCACGCCCUUUGAGGAAAUCGUUUAGUUCAAAUGAUUCCUUAGGAUAUGACGGAAAUCGUGGAUUAGGUUUAGAUAAUAAAUCUCGGCGUGGUACGCAGUCUAUUAGACAAAAACCAUAUAAUAUGGACUUAGGUGAUCUACAUAAUGGACAAAGACAAAAUAGUAUGAUUUCUGAAGGUCUAAACAUGAGACCUCAAAGUGAUCUAAAUAAUAGAAAUAAGCAAAUUGAUAGUAUUUCAGAAAAUCAAAACACCAGAAAACGACAAAAUACAGUAACUUCAGAUUUUCAAAAUUUUCCAAAUUUAACACAAAUUAAAAUGAAUCCUUCAGCUAAGCAUACAGAAAGGUUACGACAAAAACCUUUACCCCCGUCAUUGAAUGAAGAUAAUAGUCAACAAACCAAUGAUAAUGUUGAGAACUCGGGUAUGGUGAAUUUUAAUAAAAACCCAUUUAAUGAUCGUGAUAUAAUUGGACAGAGGUUUAGCAUGUCAAUUAGGAAAUGUUGUAUUAAUGGUAAUUGCCGUAUACUAAAAGACGGAGAAGAUUGUGGUAUUGAAGACUAUUUUAGAAAUAUAAAAAAUACACAACAACUAAAAAAUCCUAUGUUUGCAACUUCCAGUAAUGGAGAUGAUGGUUUCCAAGAUGUGAUGUCAAAAUUAAUGGAUGAAAGAUUUAAAUCUUUUAGAUUAAACUCGUUCAAUAGGUUUGGAAAUAGUUUCGAUGAACACAGCAAUAUCCAGAAAAUAGGAAAACCGACAAAUAUGCGAUUAGGUUCAAUGAGAUACCCGACAAGCAUUCCUUCUUUUGAUUCGAAUAAUGAUAUAAGUAAUGGUAUGGGUUCGUUCGUUAACAUGCCACAAAGAACAAAACCAAUAAAUUACCCGUAUUCAGAACCUAUGGGUUUGAGUGAAGACGAAGUUGAUGAAAUCCGAAAUAAAGUCCUUCAGCAAUCUAAUUUGUAUAGAAAAAAAUAUAACCUCGUACCAUUUACUUUGGAUGAUCAGUUGACUAAUUGCGCUCAAGACUGGGCUAAUAAGAUUGCGAAACAAGGAAUAUUUCAACAUAGAGACAAUAAUGUUUACGGAGAAAAUUUGUACGCAGAUUCAGAUUUGAAUAAUUUAGGCAAAAAAGCGGUCGAUGCAUGGUAUAAUGAAAUAACUAAGUUUAACAUCGAUGACAAAGAAUCUGAAUUGGGUAGCAAUAGUGCUACACAUCACAUGACACAAUUAUUAUGGAAAUCAUCAACUAAAUUGGGUGUUGGUAUUUCAAAAACCCCAAAUGGCAUGUACAAUGUUGUGGCCAACUAUGAUCCUAGAGGAAAUAUGAUAGGGUCUUUUCAAGAUAAUUUACCUCAAAUAAAACAAGAAGACAUUGAAGAAGCGAAUGAAUCAGAAAGAGCAAUACAAUCGGCACCGAAAUCGGGUUGGUGGUCUUCGGAUUCAUCAUUUCCCUUACAAUCAGGGUGGAAUAAUAAUAAAUCCAUAUUAUAAUUAGGAUUAUUAUAUUAUGUGGCUGUAAAUGACUGAAGUUUUGUAAAAGAGUUGUUUCCAGAAUUACACAUAUUAUAAUAAUAAAAAAAGAAUUAAUAUCAA